GGUGCCCAUCAGCUUCCGCGUCAUGCGCAGUCACAUGUGGCGCCUGUUUAGUUUCACUUCCGCGUUUGAACAGAAACAAUUAAAUCCUUUAAAUCAUGCAAUCUUUUUAAUGCUACUAUAGUACGAAGUUUGUUUAUUCAAUGUGUGAUAAUUGAUACCAGCGGAUAUUUUGACGCAAUGUCGUUAAGUGUUGUUUAAGGACAUCAACUAGUGCGACAGCUUUGGAAAGGGAAGAACCCCAGGCAGGGUGUCCACAUCUAGACAAACUAGUAACCUUCCACUUUUAAUUUAUAUACAGUAAACACUGUCAUAAGAAUUCUGAAAGGCAUCACCUCUGAAAGUCAUGUUGCUGUCUGUGAGAAUAAUCACUCCUCUUUUUGUACUGCUUGCUGGAGUGCAAGCUAAGUACAACACGGACAACUGCAAGCUGAUUUCAGCCAGCGAAUCUGAGAAUAAUACGCUCCAUUUUCUGGAGCCUCUCACCAAUAAAAACUUCACCGCAAAAGGACAAGAGAAGGAACCAUAUGAAUACAUUUUUCAGAUGUGUGGAGAUGCUGGCGGAAAGAAGAACGCAGGUCUUGUGCAGAAAGACAAAGAUGGAAAGCUGGUCCAAAUUGGAAGCUACAGUAAAACACGAGCUACUAGAGGAAGUGACUGGGUUUUGCUCGUCUAUGAGGGGGGCGAGCAUUAUGACAGCCACUGUUCAAAAGAGGCAAGAAAAGCCAUGAUUAUGAUUUCAUGCAGCACGAGUGCUGAGGAUAAAUUUUCAGUGAUUUUGGAGGACAAUCAGAAGCAAGAGGACUGUUAUUACCUGUUUGAGCUGGACACCAAUGCAAUCUGUCCUGUAAUCCCAUCCAAACUCAGUGCCGGCUCCAUAUUCCUUAUUAUUGUAUUCUCCUGCCUGGCUGUAUAUCUUACCGGUGGAUUCCUCUAUCAGCGACUGGUAGUUGGAGCCAAAGGAGUUGAACAGUUUCCCAACUAUGGCUUUUGGUCACAGAUCGGCAACUUAUCUGCUGACGGAUGUGAUUUCGUCUGCCGAUCCCGUGGUAACAGAGAAGAACCCCCCACAUACAGAGGUGUGGCUACCGAACCUCUUGGGGAGGAGCCAGAGGAAAGGGAUGACCAUUUACUUCCCAUGUGACCAAAUCAUAACAACCAAUGAGAAGAUGCUGGACAGUUAUUAUGGUUUGGAAACCCAAAGAGAGAUGUUCAGUUCAGCAGGCGUGUUCCUAGUUCAGAAGUGCUGCUGUUUUUCUGUUUUUUUUUUGUUUAGUUUUUUAACUUCCCAAUAGCACUUAUUCUCUGUUUAUCCCUUAAAAUGUUAAUUUGGCAUUUGUUUGUUAAAUAUAUAAGUUUGCUAACUAGUUUUCAGAAACUCAAAGACCUACAGAUAUAUUUGAUAAUUUAAUAUUUAUGACAAGAUAUCAUCAUCAACAUGCAACACUGCCCCUGUUUUCUGUCUUUAUAGGAAGUAGAAGACAUCAAUGCUGCUUGACUGUGAGAUAUGGUCACCACAUAGAUGUAGUUUGGUAUAAAGUACAAGUGCUUAUUUUGAUUCAAAUGGUUUAUCAAGUUUUACUUGCAGUAUGAACAUGUUUGAUGAAACCGAAAUUAAGUUUUUAAGCUCAUGCUCCGAAACUCAAUCGAUUCAAUGUUUAAAAUGAUUUUUUCUAUUUCAGAGUUUUCAAAAAAAGUAACUAAAAAUUGAUUAUUUGAAAAAUUAUGAUCACAAAUAUGCUUCGCUUUACAUUCCAAAUUGGCCGUUUGUUGUGGAAUAUUGUGUUAGGGUGGGAAAGUUAUAAGGAUCAGGCCUACCUCUUCAGCCUGUUACAACCUAUAUGCGAUGUUUCUGAAUGAUGGUAUUAAUGAUAAAUUGCCAACACAAAUGUUAUCAAAAAGAUACAUUUGAGGAAAAUGCAGCUUUCAGAAGAUAAAAAGUUCUUGGAGAGAACCAUUUGUGGCACAUUGACAAUAAUUAACAGUUAAAGUGAAACAACUUGAAAGGAAAUGUGAAAGGAAAUGUUUCCAUUUUGGUUGGUUUUCUUUUAAUUUAGUUUUUCUGAAUUUUGGCUACUAGAUGUUGCAAGUGUUAAUGUGAUUCUUUGACUGUGGGAUCUAUUUCAUACGGUAGGAAUUACUGUAAAUCCUCAUUGGAAAACCACAGGACAAAAUUUCAGAUUAGCAGUAUAUUUUUCUUUCAACGCUUUUGUUAAACUAUUGUGUGUUUGAAUGCACUGAAGCUUUAAGCUUGAUUUUGUUUUUAGUGGAGUCAUACAUUUUCUUUAUGCCCUUGAGGAGCUGAGAUCAUAAAUGAGCAUAAACACUCCUGUUUUUGAGCUGUAGAUCAUAGCAUUACAACUAUUUACAAAAUCAGGAGGAACAGAACUGAUGGUUAGAAAUCCAAGCCAUACGAGGUGCUCUAUUAUUGUGUAUCAUUGAAGUUUUGGUCUGUGUAUAAAGGUGAGAUAGAGGCUCCUUGAAAAGCACUUCUGUAGUAUCAGAUUAGAAAUGCUGGUUUAGCUUCUGCUUUAAUAAGUAGAGUCCACUCCAUAUUAAUAGCAGAAAGGUAUGACGCAUUUGGCUUGAUGUUAUUCUGAUGUACUUCAAUGAGAUACAGGCCUGUGCGAGGGGUGACUUCACUGUUCUUGCAACUGCUUUAUUGUUCUUUACAAUUUUAGUGUGAAAAUAUUCAUUUUGUUUGCUUUGGAAAGUAUGAAUAAAGUGUUUGAUUACUGA